UUAUGUGUUAAACAUAUUGAGUAAACUUCAAAAUAAUAAAUCUGUUUUGGUGACCUCGGGGUUGCAUCCAAUAGGUCAAGCUGCUAUUUCGAUAUGUUUAAACAUGAAAUGUGAGACAUAUGUUAUUGUUGACUCGAACCAACAAGCUGAUCAACUCUCUUGUACCUUCCCAGAGCUAUCACGGUCAAAGAUAAUUAUAAACAAAAACAACAAGUUUGAUGUUCAACUAAAAAUGAUAACCAAGUCCAAGGGUGUAGAUAUUAUAUUGAACUUUUUUAGUGGUGAAUCAUUUUACGCUGCUACUCGUGCGGUUGCUAAACAUGGAAAGCUCUUCAGUUUUUCAAAUUCAGACAUGAAAAAUCAAAAAUAUAUGGGUAUUCGAAUAUUCUUGCAAGACAUAUCAUUUUUUGCUAUCAGUUCACACAUUUUGUUAAACGAAAGUGUUGAAAAUAAACAAAUUGUACACCAAGCAUUCAUGGACGGAUUAAAUAAAGAUGUCAUUAAACCUUUGCGUAGUCAUGUUUUAACUUCGUCGUUUAGUGGUUGUAACAUUUUUGAAACAAUGAAAUCUAACGUUACAUCAGUUAUAUCUAAAAAAGUUGUAUUAUUAUUAAACGAUAAUAUCAAUAAUGACGAGAGUUUUAAGUCAAAUGAUAAAAAUGAAAGUUAUAUGUACGAAUGUCAUCCUGAUAAAAUUUACCUAAUAGUUGGAAAUAAAGGAGAUUGGGUAGACCUCGCCGAAUGGUUGGUGGACCGAGGUGCUCAAAACAUUGUAAUCUUAGUCGAAAGGUGCUUAAUGUCUUCAACUGUUUGUAGAAGAUUUGAUAGACUCAUAUCUCGAAACGUAUCUGUACAAAUUGAAUCAGAUUUGCAUUUAAAAUCAAAAGAGGAAUCGCUUAAUUGGUUAACUUAUUUAACAAAUUGUAAAGCUUUAGAUGCAAUUUUUAUAGUCAACCAGAUUGAUAUAAAUAAAAUUAAUAAUCUUCGAUAUGCCUUGGAAAAUCAUAURAACAAAACAUUAACGACUUUGUUUGUAUGUAUAUUAUGUAACGGAAGUUCUAUUUGUGCUGAGCUCAAAUCAAUUGGGUUUAAUGCUUUGAAUAUUACCUGGGAUGGAACGUCUUUUCCACCGACAAAUACAUCCAAAAUAUUGCCUUUGUUGGAUAUUUUGCUUCAGAAAUCAUAUGCAAUAGAGUCUUCUUCAUUCGUGUGCUCUGAACCUGGCUCCCUUAAAUCCGAAUGCUAUCAACAAAUUAAUAAUAUUAUCACAAAUAUUUUACCUGAAUCAAGUGAUGAGUUACAUUGUCUUAACGAUAAUAUACCAACUCAAGAAACGGAAUUUGUUGAAGUUUCAACGAGAAGUCCAAAAUUAUCACAACUGAAAUCUGUUAUACCUGUGUUUUUGAUUCCGGGAUUUAGACCAAAACUCAUAAAAACGUUUUAUGAACAAUUGAGCUACCCAGUUUUUGAAGCUAAAUUACCAGGAAAUAUCGGCUCGAUUGAUGAAAUAUCGGUGAUCUUAGUAAAUGAACUAAAAAAAAUUACAAAUCAAAAAUAUGUAUCUUUAAUUGGUGAAUCUUGGGGUGGAACCGUUGCUCUUAAAAUGGCACAAAUAUUGGAAACGGAAGGAACAUUGACAACAGUAACAUUGUUAGAAGGUGAUCCAGAAAUAUUGGCUGGAUGUGCAAAACAUUUUCUCUCUAAUAGUAAUAUCACUAAAAAACUUAACUCUGUAUAUGGUUCAUUAUCAAAUGAGUCUCAAUUGCAUACUAUGUUACUUCCAUUUUCCGUAAUAUAA